CGAUGGCCCGUCCUCUCUCUGGACCACGCCACACAGACCCAAGUCGAUGAAUAAGCCCCUGACGUCGCAACAUCAAGACACUGUGCCGCCGGUCCACCACUCGCUCGCCUACUUGAAGCCGCGCCCCCGGGGACGGGCACCUAGUCGCCUGUUGUCCUCUCGCACCGGCAACUCGACGUGCUGCCGCACCGAGAAGACGACCACGACGACGCCGACGACAACCACACAUCCGCCAUGACUCGCCGCAUCGAGGUCGAGGUCACUGACGCCCCCCAUCCCGACCCGGCCGCUGUCGAUGUCGGCCAGCUCGAGCAGGGUGAUGUCGGAGACGCCAAAGACGCAGAAUGGAGGCCCGGGAAGCAAGAGUGGGCCGUCAUGGGCACACUGGCCGUCAUCUCCUUGAUGGUGGCGCUCGACGCCACAAUCUUGGUGUCGGUGCUGCCGACACUCGCCCUCGACCUAGGCGGCACAUCUACAGACGCCUUCUGGGCCGGCACAUCAUACCUACUGACAUGCGCCGUGUGUCAGCCCUUCAUCGCGGCCCUGUCCGACAUCUUUGGCCGCAAGGAGAUGCUCUUCGUGUCGGUGCUCUUCUUCACCCUCGGUACGGUGCUGUGCGCGCCCAUCGCCAAGGACUUCACUGUCUUCUUCGCCGGCCGCUCCGUGCAGGGCAUCGGCGGCGGCGGCAUCAUCACCAUGGGCCAGGUCAUCUUUGCCGAUAUUGUGCCGCUGCGCCAGCGCCCCAAGUACUUCUCCCUCGUGCUGGCCGCCUGGGCCAUGGGAAGCGUCCUGGGCCCGCUGAUCGGCGGCCUGUUCGUCGAGCACGUCAUCUGGUCUUGGUGCUUCUACAUCAACUUCCCGUUUUGCCUCUUGGGUCUCAUACUCGUUCCAAUGUACGUGAAGCUCUCGACGGAAAAGACGUCGCUCAUGUCCAAGCUCGCCCGCGUCGACUGGAUCGGCGGCUUCCUGUUCAUUGCGGGACUCACGAGCUUCCUCGUGGGCAUCUCGUGGGCGGGCAUCCAGUUUGAGUGGAAGAGCAAACAAGUCAUUGCGCCCAUGGUUGUUGGCGCAGUGGGCGUCGUGGCUGCCAUUUUCUGGGAGCGCCACGGCGCGCGGGAGCCCUUUCUGCGGCCCUCGCUGUUCUACUCGACUUCGGCCGUCGCCACGUACGGCUGUGCCCUAUUCCAGGGCUUCAUUCUCUUCUGUGCGCUGUACUACGUGCCGUUCUACUUCACUGCCGUUCGCUUUGUCUCUCCAACCCAGGCCGGCCUCGAUAUCUUUCCUGUUACAUGCUUCCUCCUUCCGGGCAGCAUCGUCAUCUCGUUGGUGGCGUCGCGCAUCGGCCGCUUCCGAUGGGCUAUCUGGAGCGGCUGGGUGCUUACCGCCAUAUCGUGCGGCCUGUUUGUUUUCUUCGACGAGGACACAAAAACCCCUGUGUGGGCUGUGAUCCUCGCAAUCUUCGGCAUCGGCCACGGCAUGCUUCUCACCAGCGUCAACGUUGGCAUACAGGCCAUAAGCCGUGUCGAGGACGCUGGCCGCGCCGCUGCCAUGUAUGCUUUCAUGCGGACGCUGGGCAUGUCGAUUGGCGUGGCUGUCGGAGGCACCGUGUUUCAAAAUGUCAUGGUCCUCAAACUUGACGAGUUGGGGCUACCUGAGAGCAUUGCUCAUGAGUCGGAGGCUUAUGUCCCCACCAUGGCUGCCAUGUCUCCCACGGACCCCACCCGAAUUGGGGCGUUGCAAGCUUAUGUGAAGGGUUUCCAUGGCGUUUACUGGACCAUCACCGGGGCCGCAUGCGCCGCCUUCCUGCUCAGUCUGCUCAUCAAGCGCCACAGCAUGGACAAGAUACUGGAGUCCAAGUUCGUGCUGAGCGGAGGCAGAGAGCUGAAUGUGAAGGUCACAACCACACACGGCGACAAGGUUUCGGAGAGUACCCUGAUCGCGGCUCGCCUGCCAAGAUUAUUCAAGCCCACGCCUGUCACGCCCACCACGCAGUCGGGCUCCGACACAGACAGCACCUGCUCCAUGUCUAAACAGCCAGACACGCCGGCGAAUGCCGUCCGGGAGAAGGAUCCCGAGUCUCCCGACUCGGACGAUCAGGCUGCAGUGCUAGUACAAGCAGUCGCAUUCUACGUCGAGCCCGGCGGAAAGAUGACUCCAGUUGAACUUUUGUCGAAAAAGAGCAGGACAGAGUCACCGCCCAGGGCGGAAAGCCCGGAGCCAGACAUUCCAGAGGCCGGCGCACCGGAGCAAGACGCUCCACAGCCAGAGAUGCGAGAGCUCUCGCCACAGGACGCGAAAGAGCAGCAGCAAGAGACAUCCGACGAGGCGACACUGGCAUCGUCGGUGCGGGAGAGCUCAGAGUCGGUCAUGGAGACGGCCGAGCAGCAGGAGCUGAUAGAGAACCUCAUGCCGGUGUGGCUGUUCGAGGAGAAAGAGGAAGAUGACAACGAAAACGAAAAUGACGACGGUGACGACGAAGAAGACACAGCCUCGACCAAGAGCAAAGACACAUAAUCGGAACUUGCUGCAACGUGUAUGCAAAUUUGUACAUAUAUACCCCAUCACGUCAUGUUUUCUUUGGCAUGUCGACUGUACCUACCUACCUACUUAGAUUACCGCUGCCAUUUAAUAGAUGGAAUUGGAGUUUCACAUAUAAUUAGAUGCAUCAAUACUAUGACAGGG